CCAGCCACCUUCUCCUCUUUUCUCCCCCUUCCAUUUGGCGCCUGCGACAAUGGUCGGCCCUUUGAACCAUCGCGGUCGCCAUCGUGGAUUGACGCUUCCAAUCCCGAGUCGGUGUCUUCUUUGAUUGUCUGGAGAUCCCUCCCCUUCCCCCGAUUCUUACUCUUAAGAGACCUGAACCAUUCCAACUUCCUAUGCGCAUCACUUCUUAUUGGGCUGGUCCCUAAUUUACCCGUGCUCUUUGCAAUCUGAUAGGGUCCUCGACUUCGGCGCGUGCUGGAAUAAUUGAUCGGCCCUAUCUCAAUCUAUACUACCACUACUACUACCACCUACCUACCUACCUAUGCUACUCCACCUGCCCCCAUACUAUACUUAUUUUGAUUACACCUAGUUUCUCUGUUUCUAUAUAGCAUCCUUCCCUCCCCAACCGGUGGUCUGUUCAUAAUUAAAUCUGCUUUAGCUGUCGUUCUUCUCAACAUGGACCCUUCCUUUUCCAACGUGAUGAACCAGCCUGUACCGCCGGACCGGACUGAAUUAGGGCCUCCGCCCACGAUUGUCAUCCAGCAGUACGCAAGGUAUCCUCCGACUCUGGAGCCUGGUUUACAUAGCGCUUCUUCUCUCGGCAGUGCUCGCACUACCCCGCGCAGUCUGCAGGCAUCGCCAACCGGCCCACGCCCGGUUGUGCCUCCCCCGCCGGUGGCGCGUUCUGGGCCCUCGAUCUCUCCUCCAAUGUACGACUCUAUCCGGCCGCGGCCACCACGCGAGUCACUGGAUCAGACGGAAACUCGGUCUUUGCCAUCGCGCGACCUCACCGACGGCACCAUCGACGAUGCCUAUAUCCUGUUCAUCUUCUACUGCAAUCCGAAUGUCCCUCUGUCGGUGGACACUUCCGAGCUCCGCAAGAACUUUCGGUGCCCCCCUCGAAGCGAUGGCAAAACCUUCAGUAUAUUUGCCUUGUGGGGGCUCAUUCGGAAGCUUGACAGCAAGGAGAUCAAGACGUGGAUACAGCUGGCGAUUGAACUGGGGGUCGAGCCACCUUCGAUGGAGAAGAAGCAGAGUACGCAGAAGGUCCAGCAAUAUGCCGUUCGGCUCAAGCGCUGGAUGCGCGCAAUGCAUGUCGAUGCCUUCUUCGAAUACUGCCUCGGCCAUCCCCAUCCCUAUUACACCCAUCUUCCACCCUCCAACGUAAUCAGUGACAGCCGAGAUGGAGUGCCCCUCGAAGAAGACCUUGCUCUGCGGGCUCUGGUCCCCCAGUGGAGACCAAAGCGAGGAAGAAAGCGGGCUGAGGAUGAUAGUGACCGACUGGCAUUGGCAAGACGGCCACCUCUCGAUCCCUCGGUGGGCGUUCUGCAGUCAGGCCCAUUUCCCGGCGCCUCCGCACCCUUCCCACCUGGCCCUCUUUCAUUCAGCCCCUUUCCCGACGAGAUGGAGUCGAAUGAUCCAUGGAUGGGCAGCGGGCCUUCGUUUCCGCCAGACGGGGCUUCGGAAUCCCAGUCCACACAGCCCAAUCCAGAUUUGCGGUGGCGGCCGAUCGAACGAGAUGCAUCCCCGGCUGGUUAUUCCGCAAUUGCCCCCCGCAGCCAGCAGCCCUCUGAUGUCUUCAUCCAGCCUGCAGAUCCACGUUCCAUGGUUUCACUGUCCUCGGGGGAAAAGACGCGACCUAAGCGGCGCCACGGUCCUGCUGUCUCCUCGGCCUGGCCUAGCAACAACGGAAGUAAUGGAAAGACCAGAGGCCGACCCCCCAAUCGAGGGACUGUCUCAGGCCCUUUCUCAUCAUUCCCCGUCAAUCCCAAUCGUACUGACUCGUCUCACCUGCGGGGCCCUGGGCUUCGGACCUCCCCUGCGAUGAUCCUUGAACAGGACCCUUCCAAUCGGUUCAAUAACUCCCCAUUUCAGCAAUCGCCCACGCCUUUUUCCUUUGCCCCCAAGCUGCAACUGCCAGGUCCGCCGCCCACGGGCACCCCUGUCCGUCUUGCGACGCCUCCCACACUGAUGGUUAACGGGGUCAACAGUGCCUGCGGCUCUUUGAUGAAGAUGGAGGGAGGCCAACGGAACGGUACUUUGGCUCCUCUAUUUGACUCUAUCGGCAAUGCAGGUGUCACCAACCCGUCCUCUUAUGCGAACCGUAACAGCGUUCCCCAUGCGGACAUCUCAUCCGAUGAGGUUGUGCGCGUACUGUCCAGUGAGCUCCUUCGCGGGAAAACCAUCGGUCGGCCCACUCCCCUCAGCGCGGAUGAGGCUCGGGCUCUGUCAGUGUCCGUCGUGUCCAGCCUGACGACUACAUAUGCUAAGCUUCCGGCCGGAUUGGCGGCUCUCAUGUCCGCCUUGCAUCUGGGUCUUGGACAGCAAUUCGGGUAUCCCGGGGUGACCGACAGCUCCAUGACGGUGAAUGUCGAGUCUGGGCCUGCUGUAAUCUCGGACACCCCUGGCACCGACGGGAGCCCCAACUUUGUGUACACCAUCUCGCAUGAAUACAAACACGGGCUUCGGUUUUCGACCAAGGUCACGUACGGAGACCUCAGCAUCAGCACCCCAGACAGCCUCAAGCCAGAUAUCACGCCUGGAGCCACGGAUGAGCCCGAUACCAGCGUUGCCGAAGCGGACAGUCUAACUGAUGCCGAAUUCGAAGUAGAUGGGGCCGAUAGCUCCAACAACGAAACGACGUGGAAGCAGCGGUAUAUGAAGCUCCGCGUUCAGAUGCAGCGGAAGGAGCGGACGUUGUCGCAGUACAAACGCAAGAUUCUCGAGUCUGUGAUGGCAGACAUCUAACUCUGUUGUGAUACCCUAUAUUCUCUGUAAAUCGUCGCAUUUCCCCGGUUUAUGUUCGUCAUGCUUGCGAUUCUGGCUGUCUGAUGGCAGCCUCAGCUGAUUGUUGGUUUCGGUUCGGUCUUCUUCACAGAUACCCCUUGAGCGAACUUGUUCGAUCUACUUCAGAGCCUGCUAGGCAGUAUAGAGUGUUGCGUCGAUACCAAUUUCUGUUCUGCUUUUAAUUCUCGCUAUAUUCAUCCUCUUAUUGCAGUGAAUAGCAUGUCAUCAAUCACAUAAGUAUCUUAUAUUUUUGGAUAAACAAUUCAGCAAAGAGACUCAAC